UUUCAUAAAUGACACUCCUUGUGAUCAAAACACUUGUACUUGUCCGAAAACAAAUUUAAACCUAGAAUUUAUUCACUGAACCAUUUUAUUUAAUCUACGAUUAGAUAAAUAUUGUAUAAAUUUUAAGUUAAAAUCGUUAGGUUCAUUUUUGCCAUGACUUCUCUUCAGUAUGUCCUAAUGCUAAUGAUAUUUCUGAUCUGCGGUUGUGUAGCAAAAGAGUAUAACAUCUUUUGUCAGUAUGAUUUGGCCUCCUACUACUACAAAGGACGCAGCCAGUUCUUUGAGUGGCACUUGGACUCCAGACUUUGCACCCACUUGGUUCUUGGUUCUGGAAUAGGUGUGGAUGGCAAGACCGGUGAACUGAGGAUCACUGACAAGAUUCUGCUACUGGAGAAGAACAAGCUGAGCAGCGUCAAAGCCAUGAAGUCGGAUAGCAUUAAGAAGGUAAUGUUUACCAUCGGUGGUUGGGAGGAGGAUUCCAGCUCGUUUUCCCGCAUGGUAGCCUCCCCGAAGAAGCGAGACAAUUUCUAUACCUCUAUGUUGAACUUCAUGUUCAAGUGGGGAUUCGAUGGCGUCCAGAUCGAUUGGCGCUAUCCCACACUGCUGGGUGGGCAGCCGGCGGAUCGCCAGAACUUUGUGAUCCUGCUGGAGGAGCUGGGAUUAAUCUUUCGACAUCACCAGCUUAUUUUAAUGGUGGCUGUGCUGGGACGAACAAACCAGCGCCACCUGGAAAGCUACAAUAUCCCAGAGAUAGUAAAACACUUGGACUUCAUCCACCUGAUGAUGCACGACGAGCAGGAUCCGUAUCGCCAACGCUUGGCUUACAAUGCUCCACUUCAUGGAUAUGAAUACAGCGCUGCUGAGUCCAUUGAACAUUGGAAACAAAAUGGAAAAGCCUCAGAGAAGCUUAUCUUGGGCAUCCCGCUCUUCGUGCGCUCCUACACCAUGGAUAGGAAUCAAUCGACAGUGGGAUCGCCCUGCAAGGGACCCGGCAGACCUACUAAGCAAUCCCACCGUCCCGGCUUCAUGACCUACAACGAGUGGUGCGUGCGGGAGUCCAAAUGGAGCCGGAAGUUUGACCAGGUGGCCAAGGUGCCGUAUGCCACACUGGGUGAUCAGUGGGUAAGCUACGAGAGCCCGGCAAGCAUCUGGGCCAAGAUGCACCUGUUGCAGGAGCACCAGCUGGGUGGCGCCAUGGCCUGGACCAUUGACGUUGACGAUUUCCGGGGCACUUGUGGCGAGCGUUAUGGAUUGCUUCGUGUGAUCUUCGCCGCCUUGGGCGACAAGAACGCCCUCACAACAGAGAAACCGACCACAGAAGCCACCGGAAUGUGUCCACAUGAUGGGUUCAAGCGCAAUGGUUGGGAUUGCCGUUUGUACCACGAGUGCCGCGAUGGGGAGAGGAUCUAUUAUGAGUGCCUCGAGGGUCAGUACUUCGACGAGAACCAGGUCGUGUGCCGACCAGCCGCAGAGGUCAAGUGUGAUCAGAACUUUGUCAUUUGGCGACCGGGAAUGCCCGUUUACAACUUCAAAAACAUGCCACUAAACCUCAAGAUCGUUGAGUAAAUACAGAAACCCCGAGAUUUUUUUUGGCAAAUAAAAUCUAGCACUUUA